AUGCCUUCGACGAGCUCGCGCCCCUCCAAGAUCCACUACAGCUCCUCCUCAUCCUCCGACUCCGACCUCUCCUCGGCAUCCUCAUCCUACAGACACAGCAUGGACUCCAUCUCCAGGCCCGUGGCCUCCGUCGAGGUCCUUCGCUGCCUGCGCUGUGCGAGGUCCGUCGAGGCCACCUCCACCGACGACUCCAGCUCAACGGGAAUGGUCCGCAUCGCUCACAACCUCUACUACUGCGAACGCUGCGCAAAGAUGGUCGGCUACAAAUGA